AUGAAAACUCCUCUGCUUUCAUGGCUUUUCUUACUCCGCAUUUGCUAUGUUUCACUCACCUUCCAUACGUUUGUGGUCUCUACCCAAUGUCCCGGCGAUCAGCAAUCUUUGUUGCUACAUUUGAAGAACACCCUCACAUUUGACCCUGCAACAUCUCAAAAACUUGUGAACUGGAACAAUGGCUCGGAUUACUGCUCUUGGGAAGGAGUGUCCUGCAAAAAGGGUUGUGUUUCGAAUCUGGACUUGAGCAGCGAGGCGAUUACUGGUGGACUUGAUAAUUCCAGUUCUCUUUUCCGUCUGAAGUCAAUCGACAACCUGAAUUUGGCUUACAACAACUUCAAAUACACUCAGAUUCCUUCCGAGUUCAAGCAGCUAACAGGUUUGAGUAAUCUGAACUUGUCUAAUGCUGGCUUUGCGGGGCAGGUUCCGAUUGAGAUUUCACACCUUACGAGGUUGGUAACUCUUGAUUUGUCGACCUUUUAUUUCCCCGGAACUCCGUCGUUGAAUCUUGAGAGGCCGAAUUUGAAUGUGUUCAUUCGGAACUUUCCUGAGCUCGUUGAACUUUAUCUUGAUGGUGUGAAUAUAUCAGCACUGGGGAAUGAGUGGUGCCAAGCGAUAUCAUCUUCACUGCCAAAAUUGAGGGUGUUGAGCUUGUCCACUUGUAAUCUUUCAGGCCCUAUUGAUAGUUCACUACUGAAGCUUCAAUCUCUCUCAGUUAUUCAUAUUGACAACAACAAUUUGUCUACUCAAGUUCCGGAGUUCUUCUCGAAUUUCCCGAAUUUGACUUCCUUAGGAAUCAUGAAUUCUGGAUUAUAUGGUGCAUUCCCAAAGAAGAUCUUCCAGGUACCUACACUGCAGGCUGUUGAUUUAUCUGGUAAUCCGCAGCUUCAAGGUUCCUUACCAGAAUUUUCGAAGAGUGGAUCUCUUCGAUCCCUGGUUCUCAAUGGGGCAAAUUUUUCAGGCCAGUUGCUUCCAAACUCUAUUGGGAACCUCAAGUUCCUGUCCAGCAUAGAUAUUGCAAAUUGCAAUUUCACUGGAUCAAUUCCGAGAUCAAUGGAAGACCUUACGCAGUUGAUUUAUCUGGACUACUCGGCGAACAAGUUCAAUGGUUCAGUUCCAUCCUUCAGUAUGGCCAAGAAUCUGACCCUAAUAGAUCUUUCUCACAAUCAGCUAACGGGUUGGAUUAAUUCCUCGCACUGGGAAAGCCUGACUAAUCUGGUGAAUCUCAACUUGCGACACAAUCUACUUGAUGGGACUAUUCCGUCAUCUCUGUUUUCUCUUCCCAUGCUGCAAAAUUUUGGGCUUUCUAACAAUAACUUCUCUGGCCAGUUACCUGAAUUUGGUAAUUUUUCUUCCCUAUACUUCCUUGAUUUGAGUAGCAAUAGUUUGGAAGGGCCUAUACCCAUGUCCAUCUUUAAUCAACGAGAGCUUAGAGUACUCUUUCUUUCUUCAAAAAACUUCAGUGGGUCCUUUCCGCUUAAUGAUAUUCAACAACUGAAAAAUCUCUCAAGUCUUGAUCUUUCAUACAAUAGCUUGCUAAUUAAUUAUGAGAGUUCCAAUUCCUCCUACUCCUUUCCGAAAAUUUCCAUAUUGAAAUUAGCUGCUGUAAAGUUGAGAACCUUUCCUGAUCAAGCACUUUGGACCUAUCACAAAACCAUAUUCAUGGUGAGAUACCCAACUGGAUUUGGAGGCUCACUUAAGGGACAAAUUCCAAUGCUUCCAGAACGGGCCACUUAUCUGGAUUACUCAAGAAAUAAUUUCAGCUCAAGCAUUCCGGCCAACAUUGGUGAUUUCCUUAUGUACACUGUGUUCUUCUCUCUUGCAAGCCACAAGUUAAAUGGAAGCAUUCCAGAAUCAAUGUGCACGUAA